AUGGGUUAUACAACGUUCUGGAAGCGGCUCUCGCCGGGGCAGCUCAAUGUCACCAUUCAGGUGUUUUCACUUAUAUCCAUAUUCUUCGAAGGCUAUGACCAAGGUGUCAUGGGCGGCGUCAAUGCCUCACCCAAAUACGUGACCGAGGUCGGCAUCGGAAAGCCGGAUGGCACCGUGACGGACACCGAGCACCAGGGUGGCAUCAUCAGUGUCUACUACUUGGGUGCCAUCUUCGGUUGCUUUGCUGGAGGGUGGUUGGCUGACCGAAUUGGUCGAAUCAAUGGCUUGCUGGCGGGUGCGUUGUUUGCCUUGGUAGGCGGCGCAUUACAGGCUGCCGCUCAGAGUUCAGAUUUCAUGAUUUGCGCUCGAGUGUUGACGGGCAUUGGUACUGGAGCGUUAACUGGCAUCACCCCUGUCUUGGUGUCGGAAACCUCUUCUGCAGAUCACCGCGGUGGAUUUCUCGGAUACGUCUUCAUUGCCAACUACCUUGGGAUAUCAGUCGCGUACUGGAUAUCCUUCGGCCUCGCCUUCAUCGACAACGGAUACUCGGACGUGCGAUGGCGCUUCUUACUGGCCUUCCAAUGUGUCCCAGCCCUGAUUCUGGUCUGCUGCAUCAAGAUGCUGCCGGAUAGUCCUCGGUAUCUUGCUUCAGUCGGUCGGACAGAAGAGGUGCGUGAGCUGUUGCAGCGCCUUCGCGAGCACAAGGCCAGUCCAGAGGAGAUUGAUCGGGAAUACUUCGAGAUUGUUACUUCGGGAGAGAAAAGCCAACUGAGCUCACCUAUCCAAUUUGUCAAGAUCUUGCUUGGAAUGGGUGGAAGACAGCAUCCAAAUUUGGGUCGGCGAGCUUGGCUUUGUAUCUGGCUUCAGAUCAUGGCCUCUUGGACAGGUAUCACGGCUGUCACGGCAUAUUCUCCAGUUCUCUUGGCCCAGGCUGGGUACAGUUCCAUCAAGCAGAACGGCUUGGCUGGGGGACUUAACACGGUUGGUAUUCUCGGUACUAUAAUAAGUGCCCAGAUCGUCGAUCGCCUAGGUCGUCGUGUCUGUCUCAUCGGUGGUGCAGCCAUGCUAUUUGCUGUCAAUAUUAUUGCUGGAUCUGUCUACGAGGGAUCAUUGCAGAAUCCCAGCAAGGCUGCCCAGUUUGCUCCCGCAGCUAUUACCAUGUUGUUCUUGUUCAAUAUCGCUUAUGCCGCAACAUGGGGUACCGUCGCGUUCUUGGUGCCCACUGAGAUUUUCCCCUCUGAUUUGCGAGCCCAAGGCAAUGGCUUCGGCAUCACUGGGUGGGCUGUUGGUGUGGGCAUGACCACCCUGGUCAAUCCGAUCAUGUUCGAAGCCCUGAAGAGCCGCACUUACUUCCUCUUCGCUGGCCUAAAUUUGAUUUGGAUCCCCAUCAUAUACUUAUUCUACCCCGAAACCCGCAAUCGUUCCCUGGAAUCGAUCGAAGCACUCUUUUCCACCUCAAGUCCCUUCUUCUGGAAGAUGGAGCAGGCAUUUCUCCAGUAUGAUGAUGCCUUGAUGGAACGCGGAGUCAGUAAGAAUGAUGGCCUUGAUGCUGCUAAAAAUGAGUUGAACUCGUUUGAGAAACCGGAGGAGCAGAUGAUUGCCUGA